AUGAAGCCAUUGGUUUGCUCGUUUAUAGUUAUCCUCCUCAUCCUCCUACCAACGACGAUUUCUCACGACUACUCCGAUGCUCUCACAAAGUCAAUCCUCUUCUUCGAAGGUCAACGAUCUGGAUAUCUCCCAAGAGAACAGAGGAUGACGUGGCGCCACAACUCCGCACUCAACGAUGGCAAGAACCUCAAUGUCGACCUCGUUGGUGGUUACUACGACGCCGGAGACAACAUUAAAUUCCAUUUUCCGAUGGCUUUUACGACUACGAUGCUUGCGUGGAGCGCUAUCGACUUCGGAAGUUACAUGUCUCCGGCUGAUCUCCGGGACAAUCUCGUCGCUCUCCGGUGGGGCAGCAAUUAUCUCCUCAAGACCGUUUCCCAACUCCCUAAUCGCAUCUUCGUCCAAGUAGGUGAACCAACACCGGAUCAUCAGUGUUGGGAGAGACCAGAGGACAUGGACACACCACGGACCGCUUACGCACUGGAAGCACCGAAACCAGCCUCUGAUUUAGCUGGAGAAAUCGCAGCUGCGUUGGCAGCCGCCUCAAUCGCAUUCAAACGAUUUGAUCCUAGAUAUUCUAAACUAUUGCUCGAUAAUGCUUUAAGAACUUUUGAGUACGCAGAUUCACAUCGAGGUUCUUACACCAAUAAUCCUGAGACUAAACUAGCUGUCUGCCCAUUUUAUUGUAGUGUAAACGGAUAUGAGGAUGAAUUAUUAUGGGGAGCUGCAUGGCUGAGAAGAGCGACCGGUAAAGAUUCUUACAUUAAAUACUUAGUGGAGAAUCGUCAAUCUUUUGGGUCAGAUUCCAAUUACUUCGAGUUUGGAUGGGAUAACAAAGUUGGGGGCGUCAAUGUCCUCGUUGCCAAGGAAGUAUUUGAGAAGAAUGUUGCUGCGAUUGCACCGUAUAAGGAUACAGCGGAAAAAUUGAUGUGUUCGUUUUUUCUGGAAACUCCUGGUGCACAUAUGAGUUACUCUCCCGGUGGUCUUCUUUACAAACCCGGAAGCAGCCAGCUCCAAAACACCGUCGCAUUGUCUUUUCUCCUUCUCACUUACGCCAAUUACCUCUCCAAAUCCUCUCAACAACCUCUCCAAAUCCUCUCAACAACUCCACUGUGGUAUUUAACACAACGCAUAGCAAAUAUAGUUGGUUUUGAGAAAGUGGAUUACAUUUUGGGAGAUAAUCCGAUGAAAAUGUCAUACAUGAUCGGGUACGGUAACCGAUAUCCACGACAAAUCCAUCACCGCGGUGCAUCCUCACCGUCUAUCACUACUCAUCCUACCCCGGUCAAAUGCUCAGAAGGAUGGAACAGUUUCUCGUCACCAAAUCCAGACCCCAACGUUUUAGUAGGUGCAGUGAUCGGAGGACCAAACAUAGAUGACAAAUUCGUUGGAGGUCGGACAAAUGCAAGUGAGACUGAGCCGACGACCUACAUCAAUGCACCUUUUGUUGGUCUCUUGGCUUAUUUUAAGGCCAACCCGGUUUGA